CUUUUCUAUAUAAAACUAUACCUCUAUUUCUCUAUAUUCAUUGAUUUUCAGCAUAACAAUGGCAGAGGCAAAACUAAGGUAUGGUGUUGUUACUGGGGCAAACAAAGGGAUAGGAUUUGAGACUGUUAAAGAGUUGGCCUCAAAUGGAGUGAAGGUGGUGCUCACAGCCAGAGAUGAGAAAAGAGGACUUGAAGCCAUUGAGAGAUUGAAAGAGAGUGGUCUCUCUGAUUUGGUGAUUUUUCACCAGCUUGAUGUCACUGAUUCUGCUAGUAUCGCUUCAUUAGUAGACUUUGUUAAGAACCAGUUUGGGAAACUUGAUAUCUUGGUGAACAAUGCAGGAAUCACUGGUGUCAAUCUGGAUGAAUAUGAAAUGGGAUCAACGAUUAACUGGAAGGAACUGGGUCAAACUUGUGAGAUGGCUGAAAAGUGCCUAACAACAAACUACUAUGGAGCAAAGAAAACAACUGAAGCAUUUCUUCCCCUUCUGCAGUUAUCCAAUUCACCUAGGAUUGUUAAUGUUUCCUCCCAAUCAGGGUUGUUAAAGAACAUAGCAAACGAAUGGGCUAAAGGGGUGCUUGAUGAUGCUGAGAAUCUUACAGAAGAGAGAAUAGAUGAGGUACUGAAAGAGUUCAUCAAAGACUUCAAAGAAGGUUCAUUAGAAAACAAAGGGUGGCCAACCUUUGUGUCUGCCUAUGUGGUUUCAAAAGCAGCCAUGAAUUCUUACACAAGGAUUAUAGCCAAGAAGCAACCAAACAUGUGCAUUAAUAGUGUUUGUCCUGGUUUUGUCAAAACAGACAUAAACAGAAACACUGGCAUCUUAUCCGUUGACCAAGGUGCUGCUAGUGUUGUCAGAUUGGCACUUCUGCCUCAUGGUUCCCCUUCUGGCCUCUUCUAUAUUAGGCAAGAAUUGUCUAGUUUCUCUACACACCCACGCAAAAGAACGCUGGAACUCACCAUUUCCUCGCUGGAUGAGCUCCGCGAGGACUGGAAGCCCGCGCUGAAGAACCUGUACGUGGCGGUGCGGGCGGAUUCCAUCACCAGCUACGCCACGGGCACGGCGGAGGACUGCGGCGGCAACUCGUCCUGGAACGAGACGCUGGUGGUGGAGGUGCCGGCGCACGCGAGGUCCGUGACGCUGGAGGUGAAAUGCAGGAACUCGCCGGGCGUGAAGGACGUCGGGGUGGCGAGGAUUGCGGUGACGGACUUUCUGAGCGGCGCUGCGGCGGGUUCCGACGAGUGCGAGCGAAAGAAGGCCAAAGUUGGAGCUCUCCUUAUUUAUAAGAAAGGUUCCUCAUUGUUGCUAAUAGAUGCAACUUUAAGUCUGAAGACAGCUAUCAGUUAUCACCUUCCUAGUUGUUGUAUAAUGGGGGAAGAAGCAAAAAGGUAUGCUGUUGUGACAGGAGCAAAUAAAGGGAUUGGUUUUGGGAUGUGUGAGAAGUUGGCUUCAAGUGGGAUUGUGGUGGUGCUAACAGCUAGAGAUGAGAAAAGGGGUUUGAAAGCUGUUGAGAAACUGAAAGAAUUUGGUCUCUCAGACUUCAUAGUUUUUCAUCAGCUUGAUGUGAAUGACCCUGCUAGUGUUGCUACCUUAGCUGAUUUCAUCAAAACCCAAUUUGGGAAACUUGAUAUCUUGGUGAAUAAUGCAGCUGUUACUGGCGGCAAAUUAUUAGAUGGUGAUGCUUUACUUAGAAAGAGAAACGGUGAACAAAUUGAUUGGAGUGAAGUAGGGUAUCAAACUUAUGAGUUAGCUGAACAAUGUGUGGAAACAAACUUCUAUGGUGUGGAAAGGGUAACUGAAGCUCUUGUUCCCCUUCUCCAGCUAUCCAUUUCUCCAAGAAUUAUCAACAUUUCCUCCAGAGCAGGGCUCUUGAAGAAUAUACCAAAUGAGUGGGCUAGAAGAAUGUUCAGUGACAUUGAAAACCUUACAAGAGAAAAAAUUGAUGGGGUACUUAAAGAGUUUCAGAAAGAUUUCAAAGAGGGGUCAUUGGAGAACAAAGGUUGGCCAGCUUUUGCUUCUGCUUACACAAUGUCAAAAGCGGCUUUGAAUGCUUACACGAGGGUAAUGGCCAAGAAAUACCCUCAUUUUCACAUAAACUCUGUGUGCCCUGGCUUUGUCAAGACUGAUAUGAACAACAACACUGGACAAUUAAGCAUUGAUGAAGGAACUCAAACUCCUUUGAUGUUGGCACUGAUGCCAAAUAGUGUUCCUUCUGGAUGUUUCUUUAAUCAGGGAGAAGUAAUACCCUUUUGAUCACUGAAUUUGAAUAUCCGAUUGUUCAGAUAAAAUUUCUGAU